AUGGGAAACAGCCCGUCCAAAAAUGACCCUCUACCGAAUAGCUCAGCUACACUGAACGGUGUCCCUUCGUUCGAGUCUCAGGACUUGGACCAGGAUGAUACCGUGCCCCCGCUAUCUCGGCCUACCGGAAACGGUAGCGAACUUUUAGACAAAAGUUUGAAAAGCUUUUCUUUCCAAGAUAAGCAGAUCCAAAACGCCCAACCCAACGCCUCCCAUCCUUCCAACCGCAACUCCAAGGUUACUCCUUCUGUUGGCCCCAAGAAUAUCCCUCGCUCGUCAAAUGGUACCGCUAGAUCUGGCUCAAGAAAGUCCUCCUCCGUCCCUCGUGGCGACCUUGACCUUGAAAUCGAUGCUUCUAUGGCAACCGCUAUGAAUGGGAACUCUUCAUCCGUUCGUUCUCCAAAGGAGUGGUUGGCGCCAUCUUCUUACCAGUCCGUCAACUCGUCUUCUUCUAUGGAAAGCCUGAACGGGUUAUCUGUCUUCACUAACGGCGGUGAGACGAAAGAUGAAAGCCUGAUUUCAUCAGUCUCUUCAAAUCUGCCCGUAAACUACAAGGGUGCUCCUUUCUUGCAAUCUCCAGAUAGCCUAGACCCGAUUCAAGAGCUGUCUAGUCUGUCGUCUAGUACUUCUUCUAGUCCGUCGGACUCUUCGAAAGCAAGAAAGUCUGCAAAGUCUAACGACUCGCAGGCCAUCCCAAAGUUUAGUGAACUCGGUCGCAAGUUGGCUUCCAAAGCAUCUGUAUCAUCCGCUCCUUCAUCUCCUCCAUUAAUACCAAGUGCUAAGAGAGUUGACUUUGACAUAGAUGGUGUGAUCGAACGUUUGUUGAAUGUCGGUCAGAGAAGAUCCAGUACUGCUUUCAAAUCAAGAUCUAACAGAGACAAGUUGCCUUUGACUCCUGAUGAAAUCAAACACAUCACUGCCAAGUCGAGAUCUAUCUUCUUGGAUCAGCCUACCAUGUUGAAGUUGUCUCCACCUGUCAAAAUUGUUGGUGAUAUUCAUGGUCAGUACCACGAUCUUAUUAGAAUUUUCAAUUCUUGUGGUCACCCUCCUCAAACUAAUUACUUAUUCUUGGGUGAUUAUGUCGACAGAGGUUACAAGUCUUUGGAGACUAUUUUGCUUUUGUUAUGUUACAAGAUCAAGUACCCUGAGAACUUCUUCAUGUUGAGAGGUAACCACGAGUCUGCAAACAUCACCAAGAUCUAUGGUUUCUAUGACGAGUGCAAGAGAAGAUUGCCUUUAAUUUCUGGCAGUCACAAGUUGUGGAAGAACUUUAUCGAUGUUUUCAACAGUUUGCCAAUUGCUGCUUCUAUCAAUGACAAGAUUUUUACUAUUCAUGGUGGUUUGUCUCCUGAAUUGCGUGAUCUUAAACAAAUUGAACAGAUUCAAAGACCUACGGAUAUUCCGGAUAAAGGUUUAUUGGCAGACUUGUUGUGGUCUGAUCCUGAUCCAAAGUUGAAAUCGUUUAAUGAAACCCACUGGCCUAAGAACGAUCGUGGUGUAUCUUACUGUUUUGGUAAGAAACACGUCGACCAUUUCUUGAACAAGUUCAAUAUGGACUUGAUUGUAAGAGGCCACAUGGUGGUAGAAGACGGCUAUGAAUUCUUCAACAGAAGAAAGUUGGUGACUGUGUUCCUGGCUCCUAAUUACUGUGGUGAAUUUAACAAUUACGGUGCGGUAAUGAGUGUUGACAAAAAGUUGUGUUGCUCGUUUGAGUUGCUCAAGCCUCAAUAA